AGGAACAUUAUUUUAAAAUGCCUAAUGGCCACUAGUCAGAUUUUUAUACAUACACUAAUAUGCAAAUGUGAAAGAGCCAAACUGUGUCUAUAAAUAAGCAUCUUCAUCCUCAACUUAUGGAUUCAUCAAACACUAACAGCAUAAUUAUCGAUCAUGUUCAUCAUCUAUCUUUUUAUCUUUCUCUCAUCUGCCAUUAUAGAUUCAAAUGGGGUUGCAAUGGCCCAAAAGAUCGAAGCAAUUGGUGGGAAGGGAGGGAAACGGUGGGAUGACGGUGCGAAUGAUAAUGUAGCAAAGGUUUACAUACGAGGUGAUCAUGAAGGCAUUCAGUACAUCAAAUUCGACUAUGUCAAGGAUGGACAAUCGUUUAAUGGAUCAGUCCAUGGUGUUUCAGCCGACGGUUUCACACAGACGUUUGAGAUUGACCAUCUCCAGUAUGAACAAAUUGUAUCUGUUGAGGGUUACUACGACUGGAAGACCGGUGUGAUGCAAGCACUCCAAUUCAAAACCAACCUCAAGACUUCAGAAUUUAUUGGAUAUCAAAAGGGUACUAAGUUUUCACUUGGAGUCGAUGGAAAAGUCAUCGUUGGCUUCCAUGGAUCUGCUUGGCGUAGCCUCCGAUCUCUUGGUGCAUAUGUAAAGACUGCUCCUACCAAAUCAGAACUCCAGGGUGGCAUAACCGGAGGCGAAUAUUGGGAUGAUGGUCCUAAUUUCGACGGUGUAAGAAAGGUGUAUGUUACUUUUACUGAAACUCAUAUAAGGAGUAUGAACAUUGACUAUGACCAAGAUGGCCAAGUGGUGACACGUUAUCACGGGAUGAAGAAUGGAGAAACGCAGGAGUUUGCUGUGGACUUUCCGAAUGAAUAUAUGACAUCUGUGGAGGGUACAUACGACCAUAUCAGUGAGGGUAACUAUUUGGUUCUUACGUCAUUGACUUUCAAAACGUCAAAAGGGAGAAUCUCUCAGACAUUUGGAUUGGUCAUUGGUACCAAAUUUGUGUUGGAGACUAAAGGUAAUGUUAUCAGUGGGUUCCAUGGAAGAGAUGGUGGUUCUUUUGAUGCUAUUGGAGUAUAUUUCUCUCCAAUGAUAUCUUCCUAAGCUACAGAAGUUUGUUCAUGCAUGGCUUCACGUAUCUUUUACUACUUUAAAAUACUUAUCGAUUCCGAUGUUGUCAACUAUGAACAUCUAUGUAACGAAAUAAAACUUUAUCCAAAACUAAUUUCAAUAUGUCAUUUAAAAUAUUUUCGAUCUAUAUUUUAUAAUAAAACUUCAAUUUUACAAUUUU